AUGCCGGGUACUCAAUUAAAAGACCGAUCCAAAAUAUCGUGUGCUCAACAAUUUGGCAACUUACGUGUGAUGGAAAAGGAUAAGGUGGAAAUUUCGAUCGAUUGGACUAAUAUCGAAUUAAAUGCACUAUUGGAACAAUUAUCGAUUGUUUCCGACAAAUUUUGUUCGUCAUCCACAGUUCCAAAAAUAUUUGGCUUUCCAUAUUUCAUUGUCACUGACGAUAACCAAUAUGAAGAAGUAACUGAUAUCGAUGCUGCUUUGCGAAAUGCCUAUUCAUUACCUUUACGCAAUCAAGAUGAAGAACCUAACAUUUUACGGAAGAAAAUAAUAGAUUUCUUGAAUGGAAUUUAUUAUCCAGAAACUAAUGAUAAAAUUCAAUGUCUUCGUGAAUUUGCAAUAGAAGAACUUAUCCGAGAUCUCACUUUCAGCUCUCACGUUUUAGUAUCGAAAUAUGAACAUAACUCGGAAUAUUCUCUAUCUUCAAAUUUUCUUCCAAUGUCAAAAGUCACACCAAUAUUUGAACCUUUUGAAACUUUUUCAAUAAAAUGUGAUAUAUCGCGGGAUAAAAAUAAAUUAUCGCAAGUUAAUAAAUCACUUGAGCUUACACCUACUGUACAGACAUUGUUCGAUGACUGGAUUAUCGGACAAGAUGUUAAAGAAUAUGAAUAUCAUUAUCGACGUGUAAAUAAUAAACUCAUUCAAGAAACUAUGACAACUUCUGGAGAAUCAGAUGGGGAUCAUUACUUUAGUAUGCAUACAUCGGAUGAGCAAACGUCAGCAUUUGAAGCUGAUGGAGUUGAGAGUAACGAGGAAAUAGUUACAAAACGGCCAAGGAAAAAAAGGACACGCAAGUCUGGAUUUUUAUGA